GGGGGGUGGCGGUUUCCUGAGAGUAAGAUAUGAAUUAGUUAGAUCAAUCAGUGUAUUGAUGGGUAAAGGAACUAGUGAACUAGCCCAUUGUUUGAUUCUCACAUGUUGCUUCACGCGCAACUGGCUAAAAGGGAUUCCAGACUCCCAACAGAGUAUAGACUAUUGAUGAUUCAACAGCCGGGGGUAAAUGCAGUAAACCAUUUACCCAGGAUUGGUUUACAAUCCUCAGUCUAUUGUUUUUUAAUGAAUGUUCUGAUCAGAUCAGCAAAAUUUAAAACAGAGCAGUGUCUUUUGAUGUUUUGAAUCCUUUGUUAAAAAAAAAAAAUGAAACACACACACAAACUCACACACACCACACACCUCCCACUCUUUUCUGUGAUGUCAUAACCUGAGGUCAUCAAUCAAAAUCACUGUAUAAAAACCCGUUGGUAAUCCACAAUUUACAUUCUGGAGCCAACACAGACGCUUGAAGACCUCAAACGCUUUGACGCUCCUUGAUUUCAACCGCAAUAUGGACUUUGGUGAGAGAAAAAACUUUUAAUAUGAAAUUAUCACAAUAUAUUACUUUUAUUAAAAUUACCUUUAAGUAGUUAAAUGACUGUUUCUUAUGGUUUAAUAGGAAUUUAAUAGGAAUCACUCAUCUUUCAGCUUAAUUAAUGUGAGUAGUUAACAUUGUUCUAUGUAUCCUAUGCAAAAUCGAAUGUAAGUGAUAUUUAAGACUACUUUUCUACGUAAUAUAUGAAAUAUGUAGUAUAUACAUUCAUCUUUUAUUUUAUUUUAGGAUCAGAAUGUUUCAUUGUUGAAACUGUGACAGACUGUGAUGCUGUGACAGACGAAAGUGUGCUAUAUCAUCCAUUUCAAACUUUUCAUCCGGAACCUAGUAACUACGGAUUAACCAUUCACGAAAACAGUUUCACCCCGGCUUUGUCUGACAAUCUACAAUUUGAUGAUGUUAAUUCUGUGACAAGUCAACAAUCAAAUGAUUACCGACCAACUACACCUAGAAACAGUCCGGCUUUGUCUGACAAUCUACAAUUUGAUGAUGUUAAUUCUGUGACAAGUCAACAAUCAAAUGAUUACCGACCAACUACACCUAAUCUCCAACAACAAGAAGAAUGCGAACUGGACGACCUGUACGACUUUCGAUAUCUGAAAAGGGCCGUGGAAAUUUCGCUACGGAGGCUGGAACGUGCAGCUGCAAGCAGAUCACGGGAGGAAUUUAGGUUGGCUUUACCUUUGUUUACAGACCGUGUAAUGCUCUUGGUUAGACAUUGUGUUGAGGAUAUAGAUAAUAAUGUCGCAGAAACGCCCCGGUUGUGAUUCUUUGUUAAAUAAGAAUAAAUCUAAAAAAUCCAACAAUUCACCUUAUUCAAAUGAAACAAACAAUAACCCACAUUCAUUAAUCAGUGAACCAAGUACCUCAAACCUACAAACAAAUCAUGUAGAACACAACACAGCUCUGAACCCUUUUCUGUUAGAAAUGGUUAAUGAGAUUAAUGGUAGUAAUGAAAGGUUGACUUCUAAUAAUGAACACAGCUCUGAAAUUGUAUCUAAUCUAGAAAAUACAUCAGAAACACCAUACAAUUUGUUUUCGGGAUUAAGCGAAUGCUUAACCAACAUACAAAAUGCGUUAAUAGAACACAACACAACUCUGAACCCUUUUCUGUUAGAAAUGGUAAAUGAGAUUAAUGAGGUUAACGAAAGAUUGGGGUCUAUUGAUGAACACAGGGAUCAUGAAUUAGCUUCUAAUCUUGAAAAUAUGUCAGAAAAUCUAUCCAUCAUUCAAACCGCUCUAACGCAGCACAACACAUGCACAGCUCUGAACCCUUUUCUAAUGGAAAUGAUAAAUGAGAUGAAUGAAAGCAUGACAGAACCACAACCUUGUGUCGCCACUGUACCAUCCCCUAUAAAUGAUUCGUUUGAAACAUCUCAGGAAUUAUUACAACAACUAAACCAGAGUCUCUUGAGAUUAAAUGAAAUUCUUGCAAACAUGGGUCAGGAUUCACACAUUUUACCAAGUAGUCCUGUUAACGAGAAUGUUUCAAAUAGCCCUUCUCCAUCUACUGAUGAAAUAGAGUAUAUCCAUACACUCAACAAUUGUAAUGAGCAACAGCCGGAAAUACAUCAGAUGCCUAGUGUGAGUGAGGGAGAGCAAAUGGGAUUUGGGAGAGAUGAUCAACCCGGACAUGUUUUAGAUCCAAACAUAGUUAUAAAUCGUAUAGACAACUUCAAUACAACAGAAAUUAGACGGAGGAUAAACUUUUCCUCAUUAGGAAACGUUGAUUCAUUUGGGGAUUUUUACAACUAUGUGUUGGAGGUUUUAAACCGCAUGCUUGAAGUUGGGAACGCUAAAGUAGGCCCACGUGACGUAGUUCAUGUUGAAAUACAAGGCGAAUCUCUCAAUGUUUCAUCUCGUGUUGAGGUAAUCAACGGUAACAUAGAACUCGAUUCGAUUCUGACCAUGAUAGAAAAAUCAAUACAGAGUAGGUUUGAAAUACUUUCUGAUGAAACUAUAGAACUGGUGAUUCGAAUUGUACAUGCACCACAUGGUGGUACACGCAAUAGUAUGUCCAAGAUGUUCAAUUCUGACGUUGUACAACAAAAAAUUAGACAUCUAUACGUUUUUGAUAACCGUGACAACCUUUGUUUUGCUUUAAGCGUUUCCAAAUUGCUGAAUCCGGAACAAAGUGAUUAUCAAAUAGAACAAAACGCGAGACAAUUACAAUCUGAUGUAGGAUUAUCUGUAAAUGAUACGGUUAGCUUUGCAGACAUUACACGAUUUGAGCAAAAGUUGAAUUGCAAAAUUGUAGUGUUGUUCCGAACCACCAAGGUCAAAAAAGGGUAUUCUUUUUUUCAGACUACCAAAACACCCCACAGCAAAACCUUGUUUCUGUUUUUGCACAAGAAUCAUUAUUAUGGAGUGAAAAACCUCAAAGCUGUACUAGGUACAACGUACGUAUGUUCUUACUGUUAUGCAGGAUUUAACGAUAAGAAACAUCAUAAAUGUGAUUACCACUGCAACGUGUGUCUCGACAGCGAAUGUCCCAAACGUGCUAAGCAAACUGUACAGUGCAAAGACUGUCUGAGGAUCUGUAGAUCCCAGUAUUGUUUUCAAAAGCAUAAAUCUCAGAAUGGUACGGAUGAAUCUUUGUGUAAAACUAGGUUCUACUGUACCGGGUGCAACACAUUGCAGGAUCGUGGUUCAAAAAAACACGAGUGUCGUAAAGCCCUGUGUAGACACUGCGGCGCUAAAAUUGAGUCUAACUUUGAUCAUCAAUGUUUUAUGGAACCUUUAAAACGAGAACAGUCGGAUGAAAAGUACAUCUUUUAUGAUUUUGAAUCUAAUCAGGAGACGGGCUACCACGUAGCAAACUAUAUAUGUUGCAUUGAUUUUAAAGGUAAUGUUUGGUCUGCUGAAGGUACCGAUUGUGUUUCCGCAUUUUUCAAAAAGUUUCGGAGGAACAAAUACAAAGGUUAUACUUUUAUAGCCCACAACGCUAGAGGGUACGAUUCCUACAUACUGUUGAACCGUUUAGUCGUAGAAGGUGUUACGCCUUGCCUCAUAGCACAAGGUGGUAAAAUCUUGUGCUUUGAAGAUAAAAAGUUUGAUCAGAGAUACAUCGACAGUCUCUCGUUUCUGCCCAUGAAACUUAGCGCAAUUCCCAAGGCUAUGGGAUUCACGGCUGAAAAAAAGGGGUAUUUUCCGCAUUUCUGGAAUACCCAAAAAAAUCAAAACUAUGUAGGUCCAUAUCCACAUCCCGAGUUUUACGGUGUAGAUAGCAUGAUGUCAAAAGAGAGAGACGAAUUUUUUGAGUGGUACAAAACACUCGACGGAAAGGUCUUUGACUUUAAGCAAGAGUUGGUUGCUUAUUGUCAAAAUGAUGUUCGCAUACUCAGAAUGGGGUGCAUGGCUUUCAGGAAUGAGAUACUAAGUAGUACGGGUGUAGAUCCGUUCAAGUGCAUCACCAUAGCUAGCGUAUGUUUGAAAAUCUUUAGAACCAACUUCCUGCCUGAGAACAUGUUAACCAUUCCGCCUCUGGACAAUUACAUCAAUAGGCAGAAAUCAUUCUCCACACCCGCAAUACAAUGGCUUGAAUACAUCUCUGACAGAGACAAUAUACCCAUUCAGCAUGCCCUUAAUGAAGGCGAGGUAAAGAUUGGCAACUACUUUGUAGACGGUUACUUUGAAGAUGGUGGUGUCCGAAAAGCUUUUGAGUUUCUCGGAUGUUUUUAUCACGGAUGUGACAAAUGCUUCCCUUCAAACCUGACUCAUCCUCUAAGUAAGACUUACCAAACCUUUGGUGAAAUUUUGCAGCAGUCUUUGGAAAAGAUUCAGAUUUUACAAAACACUCACAACUUGCACGUCACAGUAAUAUGGGAACAUACAUGGAAUGAGAUGAAAAGGUCAAAUCAUGAUGUUAAAAAAUUUCUCGAUCACUUUGACUUUCCUGAGCGAAUGAAGCCGCGAGACGCUCUGUUUGGCGGUCGUACAAAUGCGUUGCAUUUACACUAUGUGGCUCAACCCGGUGAGAGAAUAGAUUACUAUGAUUUCACAUCUCUCUAUCCAUACGUAAACAAGACAAAAAGGUACCCCGUAGGUCACCCCACUAUCAUCUUUCGCAACUUUAAGCCGUUGGAAGAUUAUUUCGGUCUCAUGAGACUAAAAAUCUUACCUCCCAAAGGAUUAUGGGCUCCUGUUCUUCCUUUUAGAGUGAAAAGCAAGCUCCUGUUUCCUUUGUGUAGAAUGUGUGCUGAACUACAACAGCAAAUUUGUAACCACACGGACGAGGAGAGGGCUCUGACUGGAACUUGGGCUAGCAUAGAGGUUUUGAAGGCUCUUGAGAAAGGUUACCGAGUGCUGAAGGUUUUCGAAAUCUGGCACUUUCCUAACCAGACGGAUGAGUUGUUUGCAGAUUACAUUAAAAUGUUUCUAAAAACAAAACAGGAAAGCUCAGGGUACCCCUCUUGGGUAGUUGAUGAGGUUGGCAAAAAAGAAUACGUUGAAAAGUACCGCGAGAAUGAAGGCAUAGAACUUGAUCCUUCACACAUAGUUGUAAAUCCUGCCAAGAGAUCUGUAGCAAAACUGGCUUUAAAUUCCUUGUGGGGAAAGAUGUGUCAGAGAUCCGACAGGUCAAACACGACUCUAAUCCAAGACCCUAGCGAGUUUUUACAAUACAUGUUUUCUGACGUGUAUGAUGUAAGUCAUUUCUCAUUUUUGAACAAGGAUGUGGCGAUGGUUCAGUGGCGAUACAGUGAUGAGAGGUUUCUGAAACCGAGUAAUGCUAACGUUUUUAUAGGAAUUUUUACCACAGCGUACGCUAGACUUGAACUGUACAACCUGAUGGAUCGACUCCAACAGAGGUGUCUCUAUACGGACACAGACUCUGUGAUUUUCAAAAGUCAACAGGGUGAUUGGAUGCCGCCUCUAGGCGAUUACUUGGGGGGUCUGACGAGUGAAUUGGAUGCCGGUGAUCAAAUUGUAGAAUUUGUUAGCGGGGGACCAAAAACCUACGGGUAUCGCACUCUCAAAGGAAAGAGUGUGAUGAAGGUCAAAGGUAUAACGUUAAACUAUACCAAUGCUCAAUAUGUAAAUUUGAAAUCGUUGACAGAACUGGUUGACAAAACCUUUAAAAACCCCGACUGUGACGCUGAAAUUAUGACGUCUUAUAACCAAAUUGUAAAAGAUAAAAGAGGCUUUCAUUUGAAAAACAAACCACAAAAGAAACGGUUCAGAGUUGUGUAUGACAAGCGUAUUCUGCUGCCAGAUUUGACAACUUUACCUUACGGUUAUUGACAGAAAAUUACCUUGUAAAAUGGUGAUACCCAACUCGUUUGACGCUAGACUUCAGCUUCCUUUUUCAUGUAUCGUUUGUGGACCCAGCAAUAGCGGGAAAUCGUUUUUUAUCAAAACGUUACUAGAAAAUUGUGCGGUUUCAAUGUCAAAAAUUCCGGAUCAAAUUGUAUGGUGUUAUUCCUGCUGGCAACCUCUCUAUGAUGAGUUGAUGAACGUUGUAAACAUUCGCUUUGUUCAAGGUAUACCCGACUCUUUGUGCGACGAUAAUAUUUUUCCACCGCACACAUCAAGCCUGGUCAUUUUUGAUGAUUUAAUGCUUUCGGCUAGUAAUAAUUUGGAGGUACAGAAUGCUUUCACAAAAUAUACACACCAUAGAAACCUGAGCGUCAUCUAUUUGGUUCAAAGUUUGUUUUUUCAAGGGAAAAGUAGCAGAACUAUAAAUUUAAACACCAAUUAUAUGGUUCUAUUUAAAAAUCCUAGAGACAAAUUACAGAUCAGUGUGCUGGCGCGUCAAAUGUAUCCCGGAAACGGAAAAUUUAUGUUGGAGUGUUUCCAGGAUGCCACAGCCAGACCUUACGGGUAUUUAUUUGUAGACUUGAAAGCAUCAACGCCAGAAGAACUUCGUCUCAGAUCAGGGUUGUUUUCCUGGGAGAAUCCUGCCGUUUAUAUACCCAAGAAAAAAGUUUUUUGACAUAAUGUCCGCUCGACUACAAAGAAAUUACCAGACGUUGCGAUCGCUAUAUCAAGCAUCGCCUAGAGAAAGAAAGCUUAUAUUGCACAAUGCUCCCAGAGACCUCAUACUAGCCAUCUGUGAAUUAGCUCUUAAUCUACUGAGAGGACACAUUCCUCUAACGUCGCAACAGUAUCGUCAAUUGAAAAGGCAAAAGAAAUCGAUUAAGAUUUUUGCUGAUAAAAGAAAAUCUGUGGAAGCUAAAAGAAAGUCUAUUAAUCAGUCUGGAGGGUUUCUUCUACCUUUGCUAAGUGUAGCUGUCCCUUUUCUUAGCAGUUUGUUAGGACCACGGAAAUAGCAUGGAAACUGCGGACAAAAUGUAUUUGGUACCUCAACAUCAAUUGAAUAGGCUUAAAGCCAUAACAAGCGGUACAGAAAAUGUUAGAAAUACUGUGGAAAAUGAUUUAGAUGAAACAAUGCGUCAUAUUCUGUCCAGGUCUGAUUUGACACCUUAUGAAAAGGCAAAACUUUACGCUUCAUCCUUGCAAAGAUUUCUAAGUUUAGUCAAACAAGGGGAUGAGCAAAAGAGUCAGCUAACACUAUCCCUACCCGUUGAAACUGAAAAUAAUCCCGUGACGGAUGUGACUAGGGAUCAUCACUCAUCCGAAGAUGACGUUGUAAAAGAGGUUGUUGGAAAUGUUGCAGCCAGAACAAGAAAAAAUGCUUCUUACAUCAUGGAGAAAAUAUCAAAGUCUAGCGACGUAGCUUCGUGGAAUGACAAGGGUGAAUUUAUUUUCAAAGGCAAAACAAUCAAAGGAUCGCACAUGUUGGACUUGGUUAAAAACCUCACAGCGCCUCAAAAAGUGUCUGAUGAUCGGAGACCCCUAGGGUGGUCGGAAAUGUUACAAGCCGUGGCAGGUUUAAACAUGCCCUUUUCAGCUAUUCCUAACGUCGGCGUUCGACGUAAAAUAUCGGACAUUAAGAAAUCCGAGUAUUUGUUUUCCCCCGCCGCUUCGACACCCCCAAGUUCAAAAAGUAGCGACUCUGACUCUUCAAUUGAUACUUUUGAACCAGUUUUUAAGUCUCCUAGUUUUAACCCUACAACAUGGUUAAAUUUCUAAAUGUGUGUGUGUGUGUAUGCAUAUAAUGAUGUAAUAAUGAUGAAGCAAUGUAAAAAAUGUUUUGUAAUCUUAUUGUUUAUUUCAAUAAAUGCAUUUACAAUGAA